CCACGCAGCCGGGCCAAUGGAAGGACUCCCCCUCAGAUAGGAGGAGGGGGAGAGCCGGAGAGCAAUGAGUUUUUAAAAGUUGCAGGGAAAGCCGGUGGAGAGGCAGAGCCGACGUGCACCACGGAGAGCACCCAACCCCACUGAGGAGCAGCACCAUCACUGCCACCAGCACCACACGUGGGCAACAUGUCUGCAACACACUUCAACCGGGGCCCAGCCUAUGGCAUGUCAGCUGAAGUCAAGAAUAAGCUAGCGCAAAAAUAUGACCCCCAGAGGGAGCAUGAACUGCGGGUAUGGAUCGAGGAAGUGACGGGGAGGCGCAUUGGAGAAAACUUCAUGGAAAGUCUGAAAGAUGGAGUCAUCCUGUGCGAGCUUAUCAACAAACUCCAACCUGGAUCGGUGAGGAAGGUGAAUGAGUCCACACAGAACUGGCACCGGCUGGAGAACAUUGGCAACUUCAUUAAGGCCAUCACGAAAUAUGGAGUGAAGCCCCAUGACAUCUUCGAAGCCAAUGACCUCUUUGAGAACACCAACCACACUCAGGUCCAGUCCACCCUCAUCGCCCUGGCUAGCAUGGCCAAGACAAAAGGCAAUAAGGUGAACAUAGGAGUGAAAUACGCUGAAAAACAGCAACGAAAAUUUCAACCAGAGAAGCUGAAAGAAGGCCGGAACAUCAUUGGGCUGCAGAUGGGCACCAACAAGUUUGCCAGCCAACAGGGCAUGACAGCAUAUGGCACACGUCGGCACCUCUAUGAUCCAAAAUUGGGCACAGAUCAGCCUCUAGAUCAAGCCACAAUCAGUCUACAGAUGGGAACCAACAAAGGAGCCAGCCAGGCGGGCAUGACAGCUCCUGGAACCAAGCGCCAGAUCUUUGAGCCCACCCUGGGCAUGGAGCACUGUGACACCCAGAACAUCUCCCUGCAGAUGGGCAGCAACAAAGGGGCCUCGCAGCAGGGCAUGACUGUGUAUGGGCUGCCACGGCAGGUCUAUGACUCCAAGUAUUGCCUCACACCUUCCUACCCCAUCAUUGGAGAAGAUGAGGACCAAUACAACCAUAGCCAUCACAACUUCUACAACUCAGAGUAAGCAGCAGAAAUCAUGGGACAGACGUGAAACAGAGACACCGGCACCGCAAAGGCAUUCCCCCCAAGAAGUACACCUGGGAAUAGAAGGAGAGAAAGACCGUUCCCUAAACUGCUCAUCAGCUCACUAGAGACUCUUUAAAGCCAUGCCAAAGUCAACUCUCUCCUCCAAGCCUCUACCACUGAGCCUUUAAAGCUUCACCUUGAUGCCUUCACGCUUUAUUUAACUUAUCAAAUAUGGCCACAACUUUUAAGCAUGCACAAAUGUGGCAGAAAGUCUUCAGGAUAGAAUGUCACUGUAAAACAAACUAGUGCAUAGGGAGAAGCAGGGAAUAAAUGCUCUUCAUUUCUCUCCUUUCUUUCCUUCCCUCUCACUAGAGUAAAAGUCCAGAUUCCCUUUAGUAUUAUUGCUUCGUUGUGGUUUGUGCCAACUGCUGCCUCCAUAGUUACUGUUAGCGGUCAGUGCAGAAGUGGGCAAUGGAAGCAAAACUUCUGUUGGUGAAUGUACUAGCUCCUGCACUCUACUCUUUAAACUCAAUUACAGAAGCUGCUCCAGUACAAAUGGAAUCAAUGGACUUCAACCAGUUUAAGAGUAAGAAGGGCAAGUUUUCCAUCCGCCUACUUUGCCCAAGGCUCCAAUCUGUUCUGUUUCCCAAAAUGAAAAAAGUUUUUCAAGAACACAGAAACUAAGCAAAUUGUGGACCUGUUUAGAUAGAAUAUGUGUACAGUGGAGAGAGAGCAUAGAAGGAUACAUGGCAAAUUUCAAGGGUAUGUACAAAGUGCAUAUCCAUAGGCCUGGAGAGAUUGCAAGGGUGACAGAAAGUUCAUUUGGAGAGAGGGUGAUAGAUAUAAGCAAAUGCACGCCAUGGCUGUGUUAUCUAUUUUCAGGCAGAAUCUGAAUGCCUGCAAAACAAGCUGCCAUAUUUUAAAAAUGCAGUGUUGGCUUUUUGAACAAAGUGUCCAGACCACUUAUCUAUCAAUCUAUCUCAACACAGAAGGAGCUUCAACAGAGAAGAGUAGUGCUUUGGAUUAGCAACUAUUUGGCGAUGCAUAGCUACUGGGCCCUCUCCCUUGUGAUUGCCUUUCAGUUGCCAACAACUCUCAGCCGGUAAAUUCUUUGCCAACAACCACAUUUAUAAUUCUACCAUCAUCCAUGCAUUAUUCCAUAAUUUUAAAAAUAGUUUUCAUAGAAUCAUAGAAUCAAAGAGUUGGAAGAGACCUCAUGGGCCAUCCAGUCCAACCCUCUGCCAAGAAGCAGGAAUAUUGCAUUCAAAUCACCCCUGACAGAUGGCCAGUUUUAUGCAGAACCAGCCAUUUACAUACAAGCUGAGAAAGCUUUUACAAUUUCUAAGGCCUAAAACUUGAAAACAACCCUAGAUAAGACUAGUUGAUGCACUGGUUGCCAUGGAAUUAAUUCACAUUUAAAAACAAAGCAGCUUCUCGGCAUUUAUGUGCCUUGCGUGAAGAUAGAAACCACUUGGCGUGCAGCCAAUGCUGUUCAAUUCAAGUCUAGUAUCGUAAUCCGGAGUGCACAUACAGUGAAGUAAGUCCCACUGAAAUCACAGGUUCCUCCUACUGGCACAUUUUAAGUUGGAUUUAAGAUAAGGCUAUUGCUUGAUUAAAGAAACAUUUGAUUGAUCAAAAAUGCAUAUUUUUGCAUACAGCAUCACAUUUAUUCUAAAAAGUGUUUUUUAUAAGACACCUGCAUGUGUCACACAGGUAUAGUCUCAGAAGAGACCUUUCCUCCAGGGCAAGGGCAAAUGUCUCUUAUCUGAGGUACCUGCAAUUCAUUUAUAAUUACAUCUGAUACAGCCAUACAUAUAUAUUUCAUUUAUUUAUAGAUAGAAGUAUGUAAUCAAUCAGGAUUACAGCCCUAGUUAGGAUUAUUGUAUUUAUCUACAUGCAUAUGUUGUCACCAGUGCAUGAAAUCAGAACAGGAAUAGCUAAUAUAUUUUUGUUUUGUCUGGUAACAAAUCUAGAGUUAGAAGAAAGCCAUCUGCCCAUGGGCUCUCACUUGGUAUGUGGUGCCAGCGACUGGGAAAAUGCUAAAAACUAGACUACUAAGAAGUCAACUGUUUUGCCAAAGAAAACAGCUGUCUUUAAAUCCCUUCAACUUCCUCCUCCCUUCUCUCCUGAGUUAAAAGUAUUUUGCAUGCUAAACAGCUAAACAUAGCAUCCCCUUCAAAAUCAAAUUUAUAAACAGAUGUAUUUGUUUGUAAUCCUCUGCUAAUGAAUACUUAAUUUCACUGUGGCACAAUAAAAAAGAAAAAAUAUAUUUUUAACAUUA